GUCAGAGGUCUCCUAUCCCCCUCAAACCCCCACAGGAGUCAUCACCCCAGGGCUGGCAUAUGGGUGAGGAGGCACCCCCUGGGGCCUGAGCUGCCCCGCACAGGAUGCCCCGUGCCCCCCACUUCAUGCCUUUGCUGCUUCUGCUGCUGUUGCUCUCACUUCCCCACACCCAGGCGGCCUUUCCCCAGGACCCCCUCCCUCUGCUGACCUCUGACCUGCAAGGUACUUCCCCAUUAUCCUGGUUCCGGGGCCUGGAGGAUGAUGCUGUGGUUGCAGAACUUGGGCUGGACUUUCAGAAAUUCCUGACCUUGAACCGGACCUUGCUAGUGGCUGCCCGGGAUCACGUUUUCUCCUUCGAUCUUCAAGCUCAGGAAGAAGGAACAGGGCUGGUGCCCAACAAGUAUCUGACAUGGCGGAGUCAAGACAUGGAGAACUGUGCUGUACGGGGAAAGCUGACGGACGAGUGCCACAACUACAUUCGUGUUCUUGUUCCCUGGGACUCUCAGACACUCCUUGCCUGUGGAACGAAUUCAUUCAGCCCCGUGUGCCGCAGCUAUGGGAUAACUUCGCUGCAGCAGGAGGGUGAAGAGCUGAGUGGACAGGCUCGAUGCCCCUUUGAUGCCACCCAGUCCAACGUGGCUGUCUUUGCAGAGGGCAGCCUUUACUCAGCCACAGCUGCGGACUUCCAGGCCAGUGAUGCUGUAGUUUACAGAAGCCUCGGGCCUCAGCCCCCACUCCGCUCCGCCAAGUACGACUCCAAGUGGCUCAGAGAGCCACACUUUGUCCAUGCCUUGGAGCAUGGAGACCAUGUCUACUUCUUUUUCCGGGAGGUCUCUGUGGAGGAUGCCCGGCUGGGAAGGGUACAGUUCUCCCGAGUCGCCCGUGUGUGUAAGCGUGACAUGGGUGGCUCGCCUCGGGCCUUGGACCGCCACUGGACAUCCUUCCUGAAGCUGAGGCUCAACUGCUCUGUCCCUGGGGACUCUACCUUCUAUUUUGACGUCUUACAGGCCUUAACUGGGCCUGUGGACUUGUAUGGCCGCUCCGCUCUCUUUGGGGUCUUCACCACCCAGACCAAUAGCAUCCCUGGCUCUGCGGUCUGUGCCUUCUACCUGGAUGAUAUCGAGCAUGGGUUUGAGGGCAAGUUCAAGGAGCAGAGGAGUCUGGAUGGGGCCUGGACACCUGUAUCUGAGGACAGGGUUCCCUCCCCCAGGCCAGGAUCCUGUGCUGGAGUCGGUGUGGCUGCCUUGUUCCCCUCCUCUCGAGACCUACCCGAUGAUGUCCUGACCUUCAUCAAGGCUCACCCGCUGCUGGACCCCGCUGUGCCACCGGCCACCCAUCAGCCUCUGCUCACCCUCACCAGCAGGGCCCUACUGACCCAGUUAGCUGUGGAUGGUAGGGCUGGUCCCUACAGGAACACCACAGUCCUAUUCCUGGGCUCCAACGAUGGGACCGUGCUGAAGGUGCUGCCCCCGGGGGGCGCCUCUGGAGGACGUGAGCCCAUCCUGCUGGAGGAAAUCAAUGCCUACAGCCCCUCCAGAUGCAGUGGGAAGCGGGCCGCCCAAACAGCACGGCGGGUCAUAGGGCUGGAGCUGGACACUGAAGGUCACAGGCUCUUUGUGGCUUUUUCUGGCUGCAUCAUCUACCUCCCUCUCAGCCGGUGUGCCCGGCACGGGGCCUGUCGGAGGAGCUGCCUGGCUUCUCAGGACCCAUACUGUGGAUGGCACAGCUCCAGAGGCUGUGUGGAUAUCAGGGGACCUGGUGGGACUGAUGUGGAUCCAGCUGGGAACCAGGAAUUCACGGAGCACGGCGACUGCCAAGAUGGAGCUACUGGGAGUCAGUCUGGCACAGGGGAUUCUGCUUAUGUGCUUCUGGGUCCUGGCCCUUCCCCUGAGACCCCCAGCCCCCCCAGUGAUGCCCACCCCUGGCCCCAGUCUUCCACUCUUGGAGCUCACACUCAGGGCGUGCGCCGGGACCUCCCCCCAGCCUCAGCCUCCCUCUCCGUCCCCAUCCCACUCCUCCUGGCCUGUGCUGCUGCAGCCUUCGCCCUGGGCGCCUCAGUCUCUGGCCUCCUGGUCUCCUGCGCCUGUCGCCGAGCCCACAGACGUCGGAGCAAGGACGUCGAGACUCCGGGGCUACCGCGCCCUCUCUCCCUUCGCAGCCUGGCCCGGCUGCACGGGGCGGGCCCAGAGCUGCCGCCCAAGGACGGAGACGGGGCGCAGAUGCCCCAGCUCUACACCACCUUCUUGCCUCCCCACGACGGCGUAGCCCCGCCGGAGGUGGCCUGCCUGCCCACGCCGGAGUCCACGCCCGAGCUGCCCGUCAAGCACCUACGCCACGCUGGGGGGCCCUGGGAGUGGAACCAGAAUGGGAACAACGCCAAGGAGGGCCCCGGCCGCGCGCGGGGCGGAAGCGCAGCGGGAGGGCCAGCGCCGCGAGUGCUGGUGAGGCCACCACCGCCUGGCUGUCCCGGGCAGGCCGUGGAAGUCACCACCCUGGAAGAACUGCUGCGCUACCUGCACGGCCCGCAGCCGUCCAGGAAAGGGGCCGAGCCCCCGGCCGUGGCAGCGUUGACCUCGCGGGCGCUCCCACCAGAGCGGGUUCCCACCCCCGCCCCCUCCCUCUUUGCGGGCUCCAGCCUCCUCCCCCGGGAGUGCGGACCGCCUCUGAGGCUGGACGUGCCCCCCGAGGGGAAGUGUGCUGCGCCGUCCACCCGGCCUGCCCUCUCCGCCCCUGCUCCCCGGCUAGGGGUCGGAAGCAGUCGGAGGAUGCCCUUCCCCACGCACCGGGCGCCCCCCGCCCUGCUCACUCGGGUCCCCUCGGGGGGGCCCUCCAGGUACUGCGGGGGUCCCGGGAGACAUCUCCUGUACCUGGGCCGGCCGGAGGGGUAUCGGGGCCGCGCUCUGAAGAGGGUAGACGUCGAAAAGCCCCAGCUGCCCCCGAAGCCUCCCGUCGUCUCGCCCUCUUCCCAGCCGGCUGUCCCCAACGGCAGCCAUUUUAACUUUUAAAAGGGAGCUGCGCCACGUCUUCGGAUGGCGCCCUUGAAGCCCGUGCCCUCAAAGGCCAAGAGCAUGGACGCAUCUCCAAGGACAGAGGCCCUCCCUCUCUCCGUGUUCCACACCUCCAGCCUUCCUGGACUCUGAGAGUCUCCCGGGGUCCCAGCCCGCCUCGGGUUUAUUUAUUGACGUCUUUCCCCCUGUCCUCGAGAGAGGAGUGGGAGGUGAGAAGCUCGCCCCCUCAGUGAGCCAGCUUUUCCGGGGGAACUGGCGCACUCCCACUCCCCCCUCCCUCAGCCAAGCUGCCUUAACUCGCCCCUCCGGGCUUCCUCCAUAGACUGGGCCGCA